AUGAAUAUUGGAAAUCAAAUGUUGAAUCUGGAUAAAAUUUUGCGGGACGAUGAUGAAUCUGAUUUUAUGCCAUCAGGAGGAUCGAAUUUAGCUGCUAUUUUCGGAUCACAAGUUAAGACAUUAGAAAGUUGUUCUUCAGUGAAACAAGUUCCUAAAAAAUUAAAUACUCCUCGUACUUCAAUUCAAACAGUUUCAAACAAAACAGAAGUUAUAAUAGCUAAGGCAGUUUACGCAUUCAAAUUACAAAAUGGAACUUACAUUUCAAUUGGCAAACUUGGUAUGGCCCUUACGGCAAAUGUAGCAAAAAAAGUAUACCAGAUUAUUUUGUAUAAAAACAAACAAGAGCCUGUGUCAGUUGUUACAGUGGUACAUGAUUUUUUCUAUGUAAUACAACCAAAUAAUUACUCAAGCUAUUAUGAUAGCAAUAAGGAAAACUGGACAAUUGCAUUUGAAAAUAAUGAUGUUUGUACAGAAUUUGCUAAAGAAAUAGGAUUAGCUCGGUAUUUUUCAAAAACUGGAACACUAGAAAGUGUGCUAUAUCAGGAUUUAUCACCAACUAAUAAAGAUGUAACAGCAAAAGAAGGAGAUAAUGUGAAUAUUAAAUAUUUUAUUACUGUAGAAAUAACACAGCCUCUAAGAAGUAACCUUACCGCAUUUCAAACAAUGAUGGUAGAAAUAUCUACUGAUGAUAACUGGGAAAAGACACUUUUAGGAAGCAGUAUAGGACUAAAAAGACUUUUAUUUCUGCCUCCUAAUAAACAGAUUAGUUUAGGACCAGGGUUUCCUAAAGAAAAAGAUGUUUUAUUAGAUAUAGAAAUAGUAGAUGUACAAACACCAGAAGAAACUUCUCACAGUCAGAAAAUUGGAAGUGGUAAAGCUUCUAUUAUAUCACGAAUGGCGAAAAUGGGACAAUCUAUAUUACCAAAACUUCCUACAUCUGCUACUGCAGAAUCUGAAGAUACUGAAAGUGUUAAAAGAAAAGAGGAUCUAAGAUUUAGAUCCAAGACUAAGGUUUUAGGAUCUAUGUUGAUUAAAAGAAGAAAUGACGUGUCCGUAACAAAUACUGCUUGUAAACCUUUUAUUAAUUCAUCUGUAUAUACUCCUCAAUGGUCUUCUACACAAAUACAGCCAAAUUUUGUUACGUUGGAUGGUCAAGUAUAUUCAUUGCAGCAGUCACAAGCAGUACCUUCUACAAUACCCACAAUGAUAGAUCCAGGACUAAAUAUGUUAUUGUCAGAAACUAGAAUGGCAAAUGCAGAACUUAGAAUGGGAAUGUCUAAGAUAGUUGAAAAUGUGCAAAAAAUGAUUGACAAGUUUCAUGUUCUUGAACUUCAAAAUGCUACAUCUCCUAUAAAAGAUAAAGCGGUUUUGGAGACCACUUUGAAAAUGCUUUUGAACAUGAAUACAUCUGAAGAAAAAACUAAUCAACUACAUAAGAAUACCAAUACAGCUGUUGACAAUUGCAUACAGUUAAAUGAAAUGAAAGACGAAAUAAGUAUACUGGAAGAAAAACUGAAAGAGUCAGAAAAAUAUACAAAAGACCUUGAAAUUCAAAAAGAAUCUUUAGUACAAAUUAAUGAAAGUUUAUCUAAAACUAUUAAAGAAUUAGAAGUAUCUUUAAAGAAUUCAAAUGCUACAUUUGUUAAUGCGAAAAAAAAUUUAGAAGAAGUACAGAAAUAUAAUGGCAAAGAUGAGGAACAGUCAGAGAUAUUAGAGAACAAAAUGCUUAAGCUUUCUGAAGAAUGCAGUAUUGUUGAGGAAGCUACAAGUUCUGCAGAAGUUAAAGAAAACGAUAGUAAAAACAAGGAAAUCAAACAUAUAAUGAAUAAAAUCUAUCACGUUUUAUUAGAUAAGUUUGUAGAUGAAUCCUAUUCUACAAAUUAUAUAAGAACAAUAAUAGCAAGUACAAUAAAAAAUGUUACAUUACAAGUUUUGUAUAACACUAAUGAAAACAGUGAUAUGGAAUUGGAGGCAGCUUCUAACAGAAAUGUAGAAACUGAUGUUUUGAAAACAGACAGUACAGAAUUAAACGAGGUGUCUUCUGUAUCAUAUAUUGAACCACCACCCAUUCCUCCUAUUGAUAGUGAAGAUGACAAUAAUUAG